CCUGACCCUUUCUUUUUUUUUCUUUUGUUUUUCUAAACGAACCUGUAUUGGAAAAUAUAGCUUUAUUUGAAUCUCUCCAUGGAUUCAAAAUGGUCUUCAAUUUCAACUGGAAAGGGUCCUCGCAAUUAUAAAUGUAUAUUUGACCCAGAACUAGAUACUCAAGGUUUAAGAAAAAGCAACACACCUAUUUAUGAAUAUGAAGGUGAAAAUACAUCUACAGUCAUCACACCACGGGAUCCUCGUCAAAAUCCCACACACUACGAACGAAACUUUACAAAAGGUCGUUUUCUAUAUAAAAAACAGUUCAAUUUGGUCGAAUACAAAUUUGAUGAAAACUCGGUAGGACCAAAACCUUUAACUAAAGUAUUGGUUUCUCGUUUAUCACCCCUUAUGACGGAAGCACAAAUUAUGACAUUUUUUUCAGUCUAUGGUGAAGUUUCAAUGGUAGAAAUCGAACGUUGUCCAAUUACGGGUGCUUCUUUAGGCAUUGCACAUGUAUCAUUUUCAAUUGAGUCCACAGACAUAGGGCAUGCAGCUGCGUGUCUUGCAGUUGAAAAAGGAAAUGGACGUAAAAUGGGUGCUGCCGAAUGUGUCAAAGUUUGCUUUGAUCCUAAAGGAGAAAAGCUAAGGAUGGCCAUAGAAGAUUCCAAUAGACCAUCGGCAUCAUUAAGUUUAGAUAGUCCCACCAAAACAACUGGUCGCAAUUUAAUUACUCCCACCGCACCAUCGCAUAGAAGACCAGAUAGUUAUUCUUACAGAAGUCACCACGAAGAUGGAGAAGUAAUGGACGAAAGAUCAAAUUGGGAUAGAUAUGACUCAAGAAGCUAUCCACGCUCAUCAAGAGACAAUUACAGAUAUCGAAGCUACCACGACGAUGAUUAUAAUAACGGAAGAUACAGGGAGGAAAGACCACCAAGACCAUCAUAUCAUGGGAGCGGGCCUCCCCCAGGUUAUUCGUCAUCCAGAUAUCCAUCUCCUAGACCGAUAGAUUCAUCAGAAAGAUCUUCUCGCUGGGGUAAUAACAGAAGUCCUAGUAUGAGUUCGCCUGACUCAAGAUAUAGAAGUAGAAGCAGAAGCCGUAGUCAAAGCAUCAACAGAGAUAAUUAUUAUAUGUCAGAAAGACCAUCAAACAGUAGAUGGGAGAAUGAGUCGGAUUGGGGAAGAGGUUAUAACACAAGCAGACGAAGGGCAGAUUAUUGGGAUGAUCGAAAACCGUCUCCACCAUCACGCCCUAUAUUAGUGAUAUCAAGAAAAUGUUUGCCAUUUGUUAGAGGCGUAUUAGAGGAUUUAAAGAAAAUGUUCUACUACUACAAAUUUAUUGAUAUUUAUCAUGACGAAGAGGAUUGGUUAAUCGUGUUUGAUUCACUUUCGAUAGCAAAAAGAGCUUUAGCCGCCACAUCGGAUCAGAUAUUAAUGGGCUAUAAAUUGUUAAUCACGCUUCGACAUCCUUCCACAGAACACGAGUCUCAGCAUAAAUUGAUCGAAUCGCAUACAGAAACCCAAAGUACCACAGCCACUGAUAAAAUUAUAAAGUCUGAUGUUAAUAAUAUAACCAUCGAAAGCAAUGAAUCUAUUACAACUAAUACAACUAAUACAACAUCUAAUACAAACUUAAUAAAUGGUACAGCUAUCACUUCUGAGCCGAAAACUCCAGCCACAACACAACAAAUACUAUCUGAUCAACUGGCAGACAUCUUUCUAAAAGAUUUAAAAAAUCGUAUUGCAGGCCCAGCUAUCCACGACUUUUACAAAUCAGCCCGACUAAAGCGAUCAGAAAAAGAAAUGUCUGCUGUGAAUACACCCGAAGAUUUUAGUAACGAUGACAAUACGAUGGAGGUUGAUGUGAAAAAGGCACAAGAAAAGAUGAUUGAAUCGAUUUUACCUUCACUUGGUAAACUUCCAAGGUUUAAAAGGAAGCAAAAGCCUCCAGUCGGUGAACGUGGGUAUGAAUCAUUUUUAUUCAACUCAUCAUCAGAAGCUGAUCAAUCAACGCCAGUCAACAAGCCAAAAGAGGAUAGAGCUGAAACACCAGUGUCCGCUACAUCAUCCAGCUCAGAGGAAGGCGAGUAUCACUCAGGUCCAGAAUCAGUAAGCGAUGUAGAAAAGGUUACGCCUGCUCGAGGUCGAAAGCCUGGAAUGAAGAAACAAGUAGAAAAUAGACCUCGACGUCUCAGAGAUUACCUCAGCGAAGAAGAAAGCUCUGUGGAUGAACAUGAUGCCUUUUUAAAGCAAUUACAUCGACAAGAAGAAGAGGAUAACGACCAAAGUGAUUCGGAAGAUGAUUUUGUUGAAAACGAUUCAUUUGAAGAUUUAAACAUAAGGAAACGUAAGCGUCCAUCAAAGAAGAACACAACAACAAAAAUUAAGAAGCAGAAGAAGGCAUUGAUGCAACUUCAUAGCGAUGACGACACAAGUGAAUAUGAUUCUCAACAAUACCAACCAUCUAAAUUGAAGAUGAAACAAAAGGGAAAGCAAACUAAAAAAAAAAAACCAAUCGCACCUAUCUUACCUGACAGAAUUUACGAAGUUAUUGAAGAGGAUUUAUCAAAGGACGUAAGUUCUGGAUUUGAAGAAGAAGACGAAGAAGACGAGGAAGAGAAUGAAAUGCCAAUGAUGAGAGAGACAAUAGAUCAAGCAGAGUUAGAAAGGUCUCUAUUAGCGCCAGACGAGUCUGACAGUGAGGAAUUGGCUGAACCAACAAAUGACGAUGAUGAGCCACCAGAAUGGAAUCCAUUCAACAGUAUAAAUGAUGCCGAGGAUUAUUGCUUUUUAAGGUCUGCACUAUUGGAAAGGGAGGAAAACAAGGAGCAAGGCCCUGUGACAAAUGUAAUUAAGGGUGGAUCUGCCCGAGUUCGAGGUGUAUAUACUAUUCCUGAUCAUUUAAAGGCAACAUAUCUACCUAGAAAUAAGGCUGUUAUCGAAUUACCAGCGGAUGCAGGCAGAAUAUCAUCACGUGCCACUCGUGUCAAUAAUCGUCGAUUAGUAGUGGGAAUGGAGAUGCAGAAAAAGACAAUCGAUUCUGAUAUUUUAAAAUUCAAUCAGCUACAAAGCAGGAAGAAACAAUUACGAUUCGCAAAGUCACCUAUCCAUGACUGGGGCUUGUACGCAGAGGAGCAUAUCGAUGUCAAUGACAUGGUCAUUGAGUACGUCGGAGAAAUGAUUCGACAGCAGGUGGCCGAAGAAAGAGAAAAACAAUAUGAGCGCUGUGGUAUUGGAAGUAGUUAUUUGUUCCGUGUUGAUGACGAUACUGUUAUUGAUGCUACAAAGAGCGGGAAUGUUGCUCGUUUCAUUAAUCAUUGCUGUGCACCUAAUUGCAGUGCUAAAAUUAUUACAGUCGAUAAGCACAAAAAGAUUGUUAUUUAUGCAAAUCGAGACAUUGAACCUGGAGAAGAAAUCACAUAUGAUUACAAAUUUCCAAUCGAGGCUGACAAGAUACCCUGCUUGUGUGGUAGUAAAUUCUGCAAGGGAACGCUUAACUAAGAGCAUCCUUGCACUUUCACUCUACACAUCUUCUUGAAUGGUAAUUAAUUUCGCAGGCGCAAAUAAUAAUUAUCAUUUUCGUCAUUGAAACUGUAAAAAAAAAUAACUAGAUGCACAAAAAUGGAGUUUGUUAAAUUUGCUUAUUUCCUUUUUUGUGUUACUGCCAUGGUUUGGAAAAUAAUUGUAAAUAAAGGGAAAUCCCAUUAUCCAAGUAUUCGCACAAUAAAUUCAGA